UCGUGUUUCCAAUCGAGCAUAAUAUACCGGACGGAGCUGUAGAAGUCGAGACUAGUUUUGGUUCUCAAUGAACCAGUCAGUCGGUUCGGGUUAGUGACCCGGUUCAGCAGGUUCGGAUGGAGCCGGAGCACAGGGCGGUGCUCCGGAAGUUCCGGGUGCAGCUUUCCGACCAGUUGCUAGUCAGCGACACCAUCGUUCCGUUCCUGUACCAGGAGGGAGUUCUGACGGAGGCCCAGGUGGAGCAGGUGGAGGGUCAGCUGACCAACCGGCAGAAGAACCUGAAGCUGCUGGACCUCCUGCCGAACCGCGGCCCGCGGGCCUUCGGCGCCUUCCUGGAGGCUCUGCGGGACUUCAGCUGGAUCCGGGACCGGCUGCAGCUGGAGCUGCAGAACUCAGCCGGAACCGGGCCGCCAGGGCCGAACUUAGCCGGAACCGGGGCUUCAGGGCCGAACUUAGCCGGAACCGGGGCUUCAGGCGGCGCUGCGGUUACGGCCCGUUACCAUGGCGACGCCUCCCGGAUCCCGGACUCGGUUCUACAGAGGGUUCCUUCGGACCGGGAGCUGUCCCGGUUGGCGCAGAGACUCGGUGCCGAGUGGGAGCCGGUUCUGUUGGACCUGGGCUUGUCCGCCGAAACUGUGUACCGGUGCCGGUCCGACCACAGCCUGAACACCGGGGCGGCGGUUCUGGAGGGCCUGGUUCUGUGGAGGCGGGCUGGCGGGAGGCGGGCCACGCUGGGGCGGCUGCUGCGCAGCCUGGAGGCCGCGGACCUCCACCCGUCGGUCCUGGAGGAGGCCGUGCUGGGAUGAGACUGGACCGGGUUCUGCUGGCCCGGACCGGGCCGGUCCAGAACCAAGAGAUGAACACUUUACCCAUAAACUGACUGAAUAAUGAAACCAGAGUCAGAACUUUUUGAUUCUGGAACCAGGAAAAGAACCGGUUCCGUUUUACCUGGAAUCCAAAAGCAGAUUAAAAAAAAGUUUAUUAUCAAUAAAAAAUUAUUUUUAUCCUCAAAAUUAGAUUUACUAUGUCAGUCAUAAAUGAACUGGAUUCAUCCGGAACCGGAGGAGAGUUCUGGAUCCAGAGACGGGACGAGCUGCACCAGAACCACCGCCGGUUCUGGAACCUGCAGGGAAAACCCAUCAGGAUGUUUUUCCUCCUCGUGUUUUCUCUCAUUUUUCCCAGAUGUUCCUGGAAGUCGACCCAGAUUGGAUUCUGGAAAACCCGCUGGACUCCUUCACGGAACCGGAGCUCUGUGACUAAAAACAGCAGCAC